AUGUCCAGUGGGGGAAGGUUUAAUUUUGAUGAUGGCGGGUCCUACUGCGGAGGCUGGGAGGACGGCAAGGCUCACGGACACGGCGUCUGCACAGGCCCCAAGGGGCAGGGGGAAUACGCCGGCUCCUGGAGCCACGGCUUCGAAGUGCUGGGCGUUUACACCUGGCCCAGCGGCAACACCUUCCAGGGCACCUGGGCGCAGGGCAAGCGCCACGGCAUCGGCCUGGAGAGCAAAGGGAAGUGGGCGUACAAAGGCGAAUGGACGCACGGAUUUAAGGGACGCUACGGGGUGCGCGAGUGCGCGGCGAACGGGGCCAGGUACGAGGGCACCUGGAGCAACGGGCUGCAGGACGGUUAUGGGACGGAGACGUACUCCGACGGAGGGACCUACCAGGGCCAGUGGGCAGGCGGGAUGCGGCAGGGCUACGGCGUGCGCCAGAGCGUCCCGUACGGCAUGGCUGCGGUUAUCCGGUCGCCGCUGAGGACGUCGAUCAACUCCCUGCGCAGCGAGCACACCAAUGGCACGGCGCUGCACCCGGACUCCUCGCCGGCGGUGGCCGGGAGCCCCGCCGUCUCGCGGGGGGGCUUCGUCCUGAUGGCGCACAGCGACGCGGAGAUCCUCAAGAGCAAGAAGAAGGGCCUCUUCCGGCGGACCCUGCUGAGCGGGCUCAAGCUGCGCAAGUCGGAGUCCAAGAGCUCCCUGGCCAGCCAGCGGAGCAAGCACAGCUCCUUCCGCAGCGAGGCCGGGAUGAGCACGGUCAGCUCCACGGCCAGCGACAUCAACUCGACCAUCAGCCUGGGCGAGGGCGAGGCCGAGCUGUCCGUCAUCGAGGACGACAUCGACGCCACCACCACCGAGGUCUACAUCGGGGAGUGGAAGAACGAUAAGCGGUCGGGCUUCGGCGUCAGCCAGCGCUCGGACGGGCUCAAGUACGAGGGCGAGUGGGCCAACAACAAGCGCCACGGGUACGGCUGCAUGACGUUCCCGGACGGCACGAAGGAGGAAGGGAAGUACAAGCAGAACAUUCUCGUCAGUGGCAAGAGGAAAAACCUGAUCCCGUUGCGGGCCAGCAAGAUCCGGGAGAAGGUGGAUCGCGCCUUGGAGGCCGCUGAGCGCGCCGCCACUAUCGCCAAGCAGAAAGCGGAGAUCGCGGCGUCCAGGACGUCCCAUUCCCGGGCCAAGGCAGACGCAGCGAUGACGGCAGCACAGAAAGCCCAGGAGGAGGCUCGGAUUGCCCGGAUCAGUGCCAAAGAGUUUUCGCCUUCCUUCCAGCACAGGGAAAACGGGCUUGAGUGCCAGCGGCCGAAGCGCCAGAACUCGAGCGACGACAUCGAGGUCCUCUCAACGGGGACGCCGCUGCAGCAGGAGAGCCCCGAGCUCUACAGGAAGGGCACCACGCCCUCGGACCUCACCCCGGACGACAGCCCCCUGCAGAGCUUCCCUGCCAGCCCCUCCUCCACCCCCCCUCUGGGCCCCUCCUGCAGAAACAAGAGCACGCACUUCUCCAGGCAGGUCUGCAUGGACGAAGAACGGGGUGGGGAAAUCCAGAUGCUGCUGGAGGGCCGCGGCAGGGACUAUAUGAGGCCCAACAGCUGGGGCGAAGACAAGGAGGGCGGGGCGCACGCUGUGCGAGGGGGGCCCUUGCGCAGCGGCCACCCCUGCUCCUCCGAAGACUACCGGGGCCGAAGCAGCGGGCACAGGCAUGCCGCUUCCAAUCACAAAUCGCGGGAGAAGUGGACAGAUCCCCCUGCCACGGUUUCGUGGUCCCAUCACCGUCCCCACCACCACGGCCCCGGAAGCAACAAGCUGCAGGAGCUGGACGAAGAGAAGCUGAGCAAUUACGAGAUGGAGAUGAAGCCGCUCGUGAAGAUGGAUUCGUACAUGCAAGAAAUGCACGCCCAGAAGAGACACUACAGUAAGACGGGGCCCAGCCGAAGCCUGGCGGACGACCAUCACGGCGACGACCGGAGCUUUGGGGUCCAGAGACUGAGGCCGAAGUCCCAAAACAAGGAGGGCUUCCGGCCCACGUCUUCUACCGAGCCGACGGUGCAGAAGCUGGAAAGUCUGCGGUUUGGGGAGAAAGGGGAGCCCCGCCUGUUGAGGUGGGACUUGACCUGCUCCCCCCCACAGAAGUCCUUACCUGUUGCACUAGAACCAGAGGAGGAGAAUACGGAUGAGCUCAAAUCCGGUGCGGGAUCGGCACCCAUCCUGGUAGUCAUGGUGAUCUUGUUGAACAUUGGAGUUGCCAUGUUGUUUAUUAACUUUUUCAUCUAACUCAAGACUGUCUUGUUUGCAAAAAUUAGCAGAUUAAUAAUAAAAAGGUGUACGAAUGGGGGAUAAUGAAGCAAACAACAAAGAACAAAAACAGAACCAGGAAAGAUGCGGUGUUUUUGAACUGUCCUGCGACAACUUCCAAGUCUUUUCACAGAAGAACAACAAACGAUUGAGUAUCACUCACAGUCUGCCUUUUUUCCUGGGUAAUGUUUUUGGAUUUUAGCCAAAAUUCUUUGCUUGUAUAACACGUAUGCUGUGUGGCAUGGCAGAAUGGUAACAGCACCCCUGUCCUCCCAGCACCAGUCAGGAUG